AUAGUCGAGUACCCAGGGUAGCAUCUCCUCUAGCGUCCGGUCAUGCAUGACCGUGUUCGGCGGUACUUUACGGAACAACUAUGGAAAAAAUAUAAAUCGUUCGUUAUUGCACGUCAGCCUAAACGGAUAGGGUGUAAAUUGGCUCGGUUAUAUCAGAGAAAUAGGUUUUUGGCGGCAGAGCGCACAUGUGCAAGUCUUCCUACGACUUCGGAAACAGAUAGUGCGUAUGCCGUGUCUGCCCACUGAUCUCUAAUCAUAGAGAUCUCUAAUCAUAGAGAUCAGUGGGUCUGCUGCACUGAUAGGUAGGGUCAUGCAUGCGCGCAUGUGACGGUCAGAACACGAACUUGCGACAGAAUGCUACACAUGUUUAUACCUUUGCAACCUACAGGAAUUAUACCACUGAUUGUGAACUAUGUUACAAGCCAGUAGAUCAUACCUCAAAACUACUGCCCUGAGGCAGUCGUAAUUAUUCAUAUUGGUGAAUCUUUAAAUAUACAAUGCACAGUGAUUAUAUAUGAAUAUUAUCGUAAACGAUAGUCAGUUUUUUAGCAUGAUGUUGCGGCCAAUUUCUAGUCUUGCAUUGCCAGAUACGGUUAUUUCACAACUCAAGAAUCAUGGCUUUUGUUAUGUGAAUGACAUUUUGGAUGAAUCAGUAUUGCAAUUUGUUUCAGCCUCAGAAGCUACGUGUAUCGACGCUAUUCAAGAGGCUAGAAUUUGUUGUAAAGUACCCAAGAGCUUCUCUGCUUUGGAUAUCUUGCAAGAAGAAUUGCUACGACCCAAGAUAACAACAUUGAGUCAAGCGCUAGACAAUAUUUUAGAUGGAGGAUUUCAAUGUAGAACUGUAACAGAACUGUGCGGAGCUCCUGGAUCAGGAAAAACGCAAAUUUGUAUGCAAAUAUCCAUCAACGUUCAGUUGAGCGAAUCGAAGAAUGGACCGGGUGGUCAAACUUUGUACAUAGAUACAAGAAGCGGACUAUGCAUCGCAAGACUGAAAGAGAUGGCAACAGCUUGUCGCGUCUGUUUUGGAGGCCAGAACUUUGACAUUGACAGAAUUUUGGAGCAUAUAAUUGUUACUCGGCCGCAAUCGAUUGAUGAAUUAUCCACUGUUUUGGAAAACUUCAAUGAACUAGAUAAAAAUUGUCAGAUACGUCUGAUAAUAGUAGACAGUCUGUCAUUCCGUCGCUAUAGUAUUGAGGACACUUUACAACGCACACAAAAAUGCUUCAGGAUAUUGGACAAGUUGAACAAGCUGGCAACGAGAUUUAAUUUGGCUGUUGUUAUCACAAAUGAAUUAGUUAAUUCUUUCAAUGGCAAUGAUGAUUUAGUUCCAGCUGGUGGACUGCUUUGUGCUCAAAGAGUUCAUAAAAGAUUUAUGCUUACACGUCUAGAUGAUAAUAAAUUUGCAGCUCGUGCUAUGAAGACUCCUACAAUGCCGGAAGUUUCCUCGAAAUUUCAGGUAACAGCAGGUGGUAUUAGAGAUAUUAUGUAGAGUAAUGUUAUACUAUCCAACAAUUAGUAACACAAUGUUUUUUAUUUGAUGCAGUUCAUAGUGAAUAUUAAUUUUUCGUACAUAAUUUCAUUUUUAUAUGAAGCCAUAAUUUUUCAAAAUAAAUAUUGUAAACCACAUACAUUCAUAAUCAGCCUUUUACUCUAUAUUUCAAUCUUUAAUUGCCAGUGCCACCGACUAAUGCAACCAAUGUGUCUCUAUAAUCGCCUGAACAGUCAUCCUGUAAGAAUAAAACAGAAGAGUCAAUUUAUCUAUAGUAGAACUGUGACUUCAAAAUGCAUUUUUUUUUCUCAGUUAUAGUUAUUAGUUCAAAUGGAGUCUCUCGAAUGAUUAAAAUUUGUUCACUCAAUCAACUUAAAAUCAAUCGAGACUCGGUAGUUUUCUUGAAUGUGAAUUUUGGUUAUAAUUUGUAUGUGGAUAAGUCGUUCAAUUGCAAAUUCAAAUAGAUGUCUGAUCAAACCGGACGCAAAAUUUAUUUGCUUAACUUCCUUCACUUUCUAGAAGAACCAACUGUGAUGGCAUACGGAAUUAUCGUAGUGAUAGAGUUUAACAUAAUAUUGGAUGUAAAUAGGUAUAAUACUAAAUCACAAGAAUAUAACAAAACGUUGUAUACUCAAACUUCAUUUAUUUAGUUCUAUAGAUUGUACAUUGACAGUGAAAUGCUCUCGAAAUAAAUUUUUUUUAAGGAAGUAAUGUCAAAAGCAAUGAAAGCAAAAAUAAUUUCACAUUUGCAAAAUAUAAUAUCCAUAUAAAAUAUUGUAAAUAGCUCUCAAAAACACAGUAAAUAGGUACAUAACUUAUUUUUAUAUUAAUGUGUGUAUGUGUGGGAAAAAUUUAUCUACAUUUGCCUGGAAUUAUAUUUCAGUAAGAAGUUUG